AUGAAUGAAAGAGAAGACGUCCAGAAGAAGACAUUCACCAAAUGGAUGAACAGUUAUCUCUCAAAGCGAUCAGAGGCUCUCAUCCAAGACCUGUUUGUGGAUCUACGGGACGGCACUAAACUUAUUUCGUUACUCGAGAUCUUAUGCAACAGACAAAUAAAGCGAGAAAAGGGACGAUUGAAAGUACAUCAUCUCAAUAAUGUCGGACAGGCUCUCGAAGUGCUCGAACUAAACAAUGUUAAAUUAGUGAACAUAAGUACAAACGAUAUCGUCGAUGGAAACCCUAAACUGACGUUAGGCUUAGUUUGGAGUAUAAUAUUGCACUGGCAGGUUCACGGCUUACUUAAGGCCAUGGCACAGGAUAUGCAACACCAGAAUCUGGAGAAAACCCUACUGUCGUGGUGUCGGUCCAACACCAGUGGCUAUGAAGGGGUAGACAUCACUAACUUCACGACCAGUUGGAGCGAUGGACUGGCAUUUAAUGCACUUUUGCAUAGAUUCAGGCCACACCUUUUCGAUUAUAAAUCGUUGCUUAAGAAGGACGCCAACUCUCGGCUAAUCCAUGCCUUCGACUUUGCGUUCAGACAUUUGCAGAUCGAAAAACUUUUAGACACCGAAGACAUUAACACCAGCCGUCCCGACAAGAAGUCAGUGAUGAUGUAUGUCAUGUGCUUUUUUAAAGCCCUCCAGAAUGAUAGCGCAGACACGUCUGACAGCAAAUGUGAAGCAUCGUCGUCAGAUUUGGAUCAGAGAAAGAUCGCUGAAUACCAGUCAAACUUAGAGGACAUACUGACGUGGAUGUUGGGCGCGGAGGAACAGCUCAACAAUUGCGAGCCAAUCGCCAACAAAGAGUUGGAGACAGUGAAGCAUCUCUUCCACGACAACGAACUCUUUAUGAUUGAAUUAAGUCAUUAUCAGCAGAAAAUUGAAGAGAUGUUCAGCGAAGGCCAGCAAUUGAUCCGUUCGGAUGUGUGCGACUCCGACGAAAGGGACGAAAUAUCGCUUCAAAUGGAGUUAUUGAACGCUCGUUGGGAUCAAUUGAGGUUCAAAGCGAUGGAAAGACAACAACAGCUAAACGAUUCCUUAAUGAAUUUACAACAAAAACAAUUGGAUUCACUGCGAGAAUGGUUGACAUCAGCUGAGGUGAAGAUCUGUGAUUUCUCUAAUAUUGGCGCCAAUUUGGCCGCAGUUAAGGAUCAACUAAAGCAACACAAACUCCUUAUGAAACAAGUGGAACAACAGCAAGAAGUGGUUAAUCUGGUAUCAAAUAUGGUUGUGAUUAAUGACGACAGCAAUAGUGAUAAUGACUUCGGAGCCUUAGAGGACCAGUUGGAAGCGUUGGCCGAACGCUGGCGUCAUGUCUGCCGUUUUGUUGAGGACACCGGAAAUACUUUGCAUACUAUUUAUAAUUCGUGGAAAAUAUUGAACGAAGAGGAGAAGAAGUUCAGUCAAUGGCUGACAAAACUGGACCGACGGCUCACCGAAAUGGAAGACGCGGCCACUGAGACGUCUCCUGGAUCUAAGUUUGUGUUGGAUUUAGUGAAACGAUUGCAACGAAUGGAGAGUGAGAUGGAGUGCCAGCAAACAAACUCAUCCAAUCUGGCAGAUCAGGCGCAGAUCCUAUUGGCCCGACUCACCCGUGGAAGCGAUGCCGCGCAGGAAAUCACACGUAAUUUAGACCGACUUAUGCAACACUGGGACGCGAUUUUGCAACGCAUGGAACAGUUGGGCGAAACGCUCAACACAUUGAGCCAACCCGCCAGCCGCCUCGUCGCCCGACAAGAAGGAGAUCUCUUGCAACACUGGGACGCGAUUUUGCAACGCAUGGAACAGUUGGGCGAAACGCUCAACACAUUGAGCCAACCCGCCAGCCGUUCCUCCACUUCAUCGCAGGCCUCGUCGCCCGACAAGAAGGAGAUCUCGUCGUCGGAGACCUCAUCGACCGCUUCGACGCCCACCACGACGUCAGCCAAGAAGCGACGACUCGACUCGUGGAGAAUCCAAGAAUGGCAAAGAGCUCUCGACACACUUUCCUCGUGGUUGGAAAGGGUUGAGGAGGCGCUCGGCAUUGACACCGAUGACGAAGAGGGAUCACUUCUAUGGGAAUCAUUAGCCAUCGAAGAACAACAAGUGUUGUUAGAAGACACAGAAGCGGACGUCGAGUUACGCAAAACAGAAUUUGAACAAUUGAUAUCUCAGGGCAAACAAAUUGUCGACGACUUGACGUCCAUCGGCGAAGACUCGCAAACCAUCGAAGAAGUGGUUCACACUAUUCUCGAGCGUUGGAUAGAAGUGAACCAAGUUUUGGAUGAAAGGCAGCAAAGAGUGAUCGCCUUUCUUGAAGUGAAUCGAAUACACAGCGAAUCCGAUGCCAUGACUAGAGUUCUUGAAACGCAUCACAAAUGGCUGGAGACAGCAGAAGAGGCUAUUAAUAAGGCUGAAGAAUUGCCAAAACUUUUAGAUCAAAGCAAAUUACGCCUCAAAUCAAUGCAAUCGCAGAAAGAAAAAGUGCAGAAAAUAACUGAAGACGUGCUCCGACUGUGCGUUGAAAUCCCGUCCUCUUCUACCGAUUCCGCUAUCUUACUAUAG